AUGACCAUCGAGUACCUCUCUGCUUCCAAGUAAGUCCACCUCUAACCGUCGCAGCUUUACUUUCCUCCCCUAACAUUCAAUCAGACUCAAAGAGAUCGCUCUCCCAGCCAAACUUCGUUGCAUCCAGUGUCAAAAGUGGAAGCACAACGGCCUCUUUUCCAACCGUCAACUGAACGAGGUUCGUCGCGGAAACACGCGCAAGCUUCGAUGCCAGGGCUGUACCGUUGACCAGUAUGUCCUCUGCAGCUUGGCUCCUCGUCAAUCCCAUGCUAACGAUUAUUUCCAGACGAGAAGAAAUGGAAUGUGAGGGACCAUGGUAAGUUGUUGGCAGUUUAAAAUACAAAAUUGUCCCUGUGCGCGGAACUGACCGUUGUGGCAGCUCUGAAGUCAAAUCCCUCGAUAAGUUUAGCAAGAACGCGCGAGGUGCCCAUGGAAGCCACGUAAGUAUUGGCCUCGUUGAUUUGUGUUCCAAGCUAACUUUCAUCGACAGUGGUGCUUAGAAUGUACCGACUGGAAGGCAACUGGUGGUCCAGGUGUUGCGACAGGUCCAAUUCCUGGAGGAUUGCUUGCACCGGAUGAAGAACUUUACUUGGGACGCGGUGGUAGUGCUGUCCAAGACGGAACUCGUUCGGAGAGUCAGUGGGAGACCGAGACCGCAGAAGAAGAUGAUGGUACCGAUCUUCUUAGCAAUGUAAGUUUCCCCUUCUGGGUAGCGAAAAAGAAUAUUCCUAAAGUGGCAAUCAGGCUACCGCCCCUGGUCCGGCUGCUUGGUUCAAUCCUCCUCCUCCUACUACUACUACUAAAGACUCAAGCGUCGUCGAUAAGAUGAGCUCACUCAACAUCAACAGCCGCAGUGACGGGUAUGUUCCGCCACACCUAAGACACCUUCAAGGUCCUUCCAAGUCCACUUCGGUAGCCUCAUCUGUUUCAAAUCCUUAUGGAUCAGAGACACAAGAGAAAAAGCCGGCACCUGGGGUUGUGGUGUGGGAUAGUGUCGAAGAGAUACCAGAACCAAUUCAUUAUGAAUGUAAGCGGGCUUUCACCUUGAGUAUCAAUAGAUAUACAAGAUUUUGUGGUUUCUGACUCUUUGCUAUCCAUCUAGCUUGGGACAACAAGGGUAACCACCACUAUCAAACCCGCAAUCCUUCUAUCACUACUCCCUCGAUUUCAGGUGGCCAGAGUGCCUUUUCGACAGCUGGGGGUGCUCAAGUGCAGCGUGGUAGUAACGUUUGGCGACCAGUAAGCUUAUGUCUUAUUACCCGCUUGUAUACACAAACUGACUUUUCUUUCUAGGCACAACGAGCUGCACUACCACGAUCAGCGCCCGCCCCUGCACCAGCUAUUAAGCAGGCUCCUCAAAAGGUCAGAUAUGGUAUUGAGGGUGAUUCUGACUCCGAUGAUUAUGAAUAUUGUUGA